AUGACUCGAUUCAAUGGAUGCAUCGACCUUCACCACGGCAAAGUCAAGCAGAUUGUAGGUGGCUCUUUGCUAGACAGCUCUCCUGAACAGCUUACUACCAACUUUGUUUCCGAAGAGACGCCUAGUUUCUAUUCCAAGUUAUACAAGGAGAACCAAGUCAGUCGUUGUCAUGUCAUUAAACUAGGUCCCAAUAACGAUGAAGCUGCUAAAGAAGCACUUCAAGCUUGGCCUGGUGGACUUCAAGUGGGUGGAGGCAUUACAUUGGAAAACGCUCAAGAGUGGCUGUCAUUCGGAGCGUCCAAGGUGAUUGUCACUAGCUACUUAUUUCCUAAUGCCAAGUUUUCGUUGGAAAGACUAGCUGAACUUGCUAAACUUGUUGGUAAAGACAAGUUGGUUGUUGAUGUCAGCUGUCGUAAGAAGAAUGACAAAUGGGUAGUUGCCAUGGAUAAAUGGCAAAAGAUGACAGACAUGGAAGUGAAUAAAGAUACCCUUGAUAUGCUUAGUGAAUACUGCAGCGAAUUCUUGAUCCAUGCAGCAGAUGUCGAAGGUCUUUGCAAAGGCAUUGAUGAGCAAUUAGUCGAACGUCUUGGUGAAUGGGUUACUAUUCCCACAACGUAUGCUGGUGGUGGUAGAUCUAUGGAGGAUUUGAAACUUGUAGAUAAGCUUUCCAAUGGUAAAGUAGAUUUGACCUUUGGUAGUGCCUUGGAUAUCUUUGGCGGUAAUGGAGUUACCUUUGAAGAGUGCGUUGAAUGGAACAAAAACCAUGCAUAA